AUGGGGCCGCUCCACCUGGUAUUCGUCCUCAUAGCUAGCAUCCUAUGCCCCGUUCUUUCUGCUGUCGUGAGCAAUGAGGUAGGACAGGGAAAAUGGGAUCUGUCGACUUCACUGAAUGGAUUCUCCUUCGAGCGAGCCAGGGCUCUCUCCGUUACCAAGUCCCCCGACCGAGCCGGUGCCUAUUUGUCACGACUAAAGAAGCUCAAAACUAAGGAUGAUGUCUACCCGAGAUCUUCACUCUCCCUUCUCCCACGACCUGACCAGCCACAUGAAAAGGACACUCCUCGCCAGAAUGUCACCGCCGUUGGCGCUUUUUCGACUGCCUAUGCGAUACAAUGCACUUGGGACCAGACUCCAGUUUGGCUGGUCUUUGACACUGGAAGCUCAGAUACGUGGGCUGCCAAGACCGGUUUCAGGUGCGAAAACAGUGUGGGCGACAAACGCAAUCAAGCUGCGUGCAAUUUCGGCCAACCUCACAUCCAAGGCUUUCUUGAGGACAUAUCUGAAGUGUACUUUCAUCGACGCUAUGGAUCUGGUGAAGAUGUGGCAGGCCCCAUGGGCACCUCUGAUAUCGCUUGCGGAGGUGUGUCAGUUUCCGGGCAGCAAGUUGGAUUAGCCAGCAGAGCAUACUGGCAUGGUGACAACGUUACUGUUGGUGUUCUGGGACUUGCCUACCCAUCACUCACAAGCGCCUAUAUUGGCGAUCCAAAUGAUCCGGCCGAUGAAGAGGAGUGGAACAAUUAUCCUUAUACUCCAUGGUUGACCAGCGCCAUCUUGCAAGGAUUGAUCGACCCUAUUUUCAGUGUCACUAUCGAUAGAAACACCAGCGAUGGUGUGCUGGCAUGGGGCGGUCUUCCUCCUAUGCACUGGCAUCCCAAAUCCUCUGCAUCCACAGACCUCAUCAUUGCAAAACUGGUUGAGCGAGAAGUCACAGCUUGGAAGCCAUCGUUUUAUACUAUAAUUCCAGAUGGCCUCCAAUGGGGAAGCACUACGGACACGGGAAAGUAUCCCUACAUUGUUGAUACAGGCACCACGAUGAUACUUCUUCCUCCUCCACUGGCUGAAGCCAUCGCAAGAUCGUUUGACCCUCCCGCUACCUAUAUGGUCCAAUGGGGAGGUUACUUCGUUGAGUGCCAAGCUAUUGCUCCUCGGUUCGCAGUCAUUAUUUCAGGCGUUCGCUUCUGGAUCAAUCCAGCCGACAUGAUCUACCAAGAACUUAAGGAUCCAUCAAACGAAAAGUGUGCCUUGGCUAUUUCAACUGGCAGAUCUGGACCGUAUGUCUUGGGUGAUGUGUUCUUGCAGAAUGUCGUGGCUGUCUUUGAUGUUGGCGGUGCAGAAAUGCGGUUCUAUUCGAGAGACUAG